AUGACCGCAGUCCAAACCAGCCUGAACGUCACACCGACGUUCCUCGACCCCCGCACAGACUUCAUCGAACAGAUCUUCGCACAGCUGGAAGAGGAUAACGAGCGACGCGCGCAACAGAGCCUCGAGCCCGCCGACCUGCCGCAGGAGGUGUACGGCCGCGUCGCCUCCCCCGCACCGCCAGCUGCACCUACCAUGGUCUCCCUCGUGAGAGACAGGAGACGAGGGAGCAUAUCCGUGUCGCGGUUCGGUCUGGCGACCGACCUCUCGACGCCGACCGCGCAGACCCCGAGCGCACUGCCGGAGCCCACAAACCCCGUGUUCACCAAUGCAGGCAAUAUCCGCGCGUUUUACCAGGCACAAAAGUACGCUGGCAGCGCGGACUCGUUCGCGUCGUGCGACGACGGCCAGGAUGAUGUGCGCGACGAGGAGCAGGUCACGCAGAUGGAAACGAUCGCCGGCCGGGUCAGUCUCGCGAAGGCGAUGGGAGUCCUCAUCGCGCGCCGGCUGCCGCCCUCUCGCACGCGCUCGCGCGACAUCCUCGCGACCCCCAGCCGGCUGCUGAUCGGGGUGUCGGUCGAGGAGGUGACGACGGAGGCGGUGCACGGGGAGGAGGACUCACUGGACGCCCCGCACACGCCGAACGGGACGGCGUUCGUGUAUGCGGCGCAGGCGGACGGGUCGCGGUCAAGGCGCUCGACGGGGAGCAUGCUGAAGACGGCGGCGCCAGUUGAGAGCGCGGGACCUGCGCCGGGCCAGGAUCAGAGAUUAUCGGCGGCGGGGUGGAUGGCGAAGGCGAAGGCACUCACGAAGAAGUUCCGGCGGAAUAGCAUGGCUGUUCAGCCCCAGAACUCAUCUCCAUAG